UAUUUGUUUCAGCAGCAUUAAAAGAUGGACAUCGAGAGAAUGGAGAAACACAGGCUUGAAAUCGAGCAUAUAUGCACAUACAUAUCAACGGGUAAAUAUUGGAAAGGUGCAAGUGAAAUUGAUAAAAAGAGAAUACGUUGUGCAUCAAAGAAACACAUUUUGGAAAAUGGUGUUCUGUUCCACGUUGGUGCUGAUGGAAGGAAGACAGAAGUGAUAACAAGCCUUGAGAAAGUGAAAGAGAUUGUAGCAUAUUAUCACGGCUCCAGAGAAGCGGGAGUGCAUAGUGGUAUAAACGCCACAGUGCAGAAGAUAAGCAAUGUCUACCGCUGGGGAUCUGUUGACCAGGAUGUUAGACAUUAUAUUAAAAGGUGUCGUGUCUGCCAGACCCAGCGCUCAUCCAUGUCCCUUAACCCCAGAGAUGAUGAAGAGCUUCCACAUAAAAAGUCUAAACUGCAGCCAACAGAAGUUUCCAACACAAAAAAAAGAUCUUCCAGCACUGUCUUGUCAGCAAGAUCCUCUUCAUCUAGCCAGUCAGAUGUACAACCAGUCAAACCAAAAGCAGGCCAUCGUGUUCCUGUUACACCAUCUGCUCAAGCCAAUGUCAGCCUUGCAAGCACAAGAUUUGCUCUGGCCAGAAAGAAGACUGGAGUUGGACACAAGUUGCCAGCAUGGGUCUUCAGUGGUCGACUGAAGGACAUGAAAUACAAGCUGAGUCAACAAGAAGCCAGAAUAAGCAACCUGCAGUCUCAGCUGGAGUCACAUAACAAGCGUUUUGCUCACCUUGAGCAGCAGAAGGAACAGUUGUCUGGUGAUGUUGCUCACCGUGAUAAGUUGUCACAGGUGGUUGACAAGGAGAAUACAGAGCGACAAAGACAAAGGGACAUCCAGGAAGAGAUGAAUACACUGCGCAGUAAACAUCAGCAGGAAAUCAAGGAUUUGACAUUCCGUAAAUUAUAUCUUGAGCGACAGCAUGCUACCCUUGAGGAAGAACUGAAAGCAGCUAGGACAGAGGUGUCAACACUCAACUCAUCUGUAUCACAUCUUACCUCUUCACGGGCAUCGGUCGAUGCUGAGUUGGCAGCUACCAAGUUAUCCCUUGAGCAAGCAUUUGGAAAAAAUCAAGCCGAUAAAGAGGUGAUUCAACAGCUGAGGUUGGACCUAGCUGGACGGGAUGCCAUCAUUGAUGAGAACAACCGAAAAAUCAGAGAGCAUGAGACCAUGAGAUGCAAACUAUACAACACCAUUCAGGAACUUAAGAAGCUUCUAGGUGAACCAGUGCGGCAUAGCACAAAAGAGGAGCAAAUGACGAUUGCAUCUCCUGCCAAUCACAACCAUCGCAGGCCAACAAAAUGAAGACGUUGUUUGUUCAUAAUAAUUUCAGACAAGCAUGAAAGGGGGAGGGGAGGAAAUUAUCGACAUUGACUCUGCCACUGAACUCCUUCAGCAUGCACUUGUAGUUUUUGAUGUCAUCCAUACAGCAGCCAGUGGUAAAGGGCACAGACUAUCUUGCUUUGAGGCUAAGAAAUACAACAGAAACUGUAUUCUGUAGUACAAGUUUAGGGACUAAUAAAUGUAAUAGUCAGAUGGCAAUAAUCCU